AUGGGUAGGUGUUCGUAUUUCGUCUAUCUCCUUUUUCUAAUCUAUUCGCUCGUGUCGUUAUGUCAUUGUCAAACGAGCGUGUAUAUCACCGAACCUAAAAUAACAAGCAUCGUUCCCGUUAAUUCAACAGCAUUAACGAUUAAUUGGCAAUUUGCUGAUUCUUCCAUUGACCAAUCGAGUUUGAUUCGUAUUUAUAUCACUAUUCUAGAAUACUAUACAAAAUACAAUACAACGACUUAUUCAGCGAAUUUUACCUCUACAGCAUCGAACAAGACAGUUACUUCGUGGACACAAAAUUUUCCACUGGUCAAUGCUUUCUAUUCAGUAUGUUUCUCAACGAAUUCGACAAUAACCAACGUAACUUACUUCAUUGCGACGACAAAAUGUCAACUGGCUCAAACAUGUUCACGACAGAACUCAUCAAAUUGUCCUAAUGCAUCUGCAGUGAACAUUCAAGCAGCUAGUAUAACAUCGAACUCGUUUCUCAUCACUGUGAAUUGGUACAACGUAUUGCCCAUCACACGAAAUUCCACUCUUGUACAAAUUUCAAGUCUAAACUCAAAUGCGACGUAUAUCAGUUUGGUAACUAAUGACACAUACAACAUUGAAUCCUAUCAAUUUUCGAAUCUACAAGCAAGAACGACUUAUGUUGUCACUACAACCGUUAAUUAUUUGCUUGCCAAUCAGCUUAAGACAGAAACUUAUAGUUCAUCAGUAACAACAUCUCGUUCGGCGAAGCUCUUUUCAACCAGUGACAUACUGCUUUUCGGUGCUUGUAUUCUUUCUAUUUUCUUAAUAAAACGUCAUUGA